AUGAAGGAAAGAAGAGCCAGCCAGAAGUUAUCGAGCAAGGCGGUGAUGGAUCCCAACCAGAACGUCAAGUGCAAGAUCGUGGUGGUGGGGGACAGCCAGUGCGGGAAAACGGCGCUGCUCCACGUUUUCGCCAAGGACUGCUUCCCCGAGAGCUACGUCCCCACAGUCUUUGAGAACUACACGGCCAGCUUCGAGAUCGACACGCAGCGCAUCGAGCUCAGCCUCUGGGACACCUCGGGGUCUCCUUAUUAUGACAACGUCCGCCCCCUCUCCUACCCAGACUCUGAUGCUGUCCUGAUUUGCUUUGACAUCAGCCGGCCAGAAACUCUUGACAGUGUGCUAAAAAAGUGGAAAGGUGAAAUCCAGGAGUUCUGCCCCAACACCAAAAUGCUUUUGGUGGGCUGCAAGUCGGAUCUGCGCACGGACGUGAGCACGCUGGUGGAACUCUCCAACCACAGGCAGACGCCCGUGUCCUAUGACCAGGGUGCCAACAUGGCCAAGCAGAUCGGAGCAGCCACCUACAUCGAGUGCUCAGCCCUGCAGUCGGAGAACAGCGUCAGAGACAUUUUUCACGUCGCCACCUUGGCUUGCGUGAACAAAACAAACAAAAACGUCAAAAGGAACAAAUCCCAGAGGGCCACAAAGAGAAUCUCACACAUGCCUGGCAGGCCAGAACUGUCCACAGUGGCUACAGACUUGAGAAAGGACAAAGCAAAGAGUUGCACUGUGAUGUGA